AAAAGCAGCGUUCAAUGCUACCGAAAUGCCAGAACAAUUCGUGCCGCGUGCGCGUUCGUGCUAUUCAACAGUAACCGUCGCCGAAACUCUGAAAAACCACAGAAGAAAGAAGAGAUAUCUGAAAUAUAAACGUCAGCUCAAAAUGCCGCGUGAACUGUUGCAAAAACGUGUCCGCAUCAGCCGGCUGUGGAUGCUUCCGCUACUGGGCCUGUGCCUGGCCAGCUUUGCUUUGCGCUGCGAUGCGCGUGCGGUGAACGUAAGCAACACUUGGACCAUGCCGCAGGAGGGCUUGAAUGUGUUCUAUCGUUUCUUUCGUGAUCGCAUCUCCUGGUUUGAGGCAGACGCCGUUUGCCAGUUCCAUCAUGCCAAUCUGGUGACAGUCGACAACAGUUUUCAAUUUGAUGCAACUCGCGACCUGCUGAGGGAAUUGGAUGUGAACGACAUCGUUUGGAUUGGACUCAUGCGGCCGCAGAACUCGGAUCGUUUCAUGUGGUCCAACUCACGUCCUCUGGUUGUGGACACUGGCUAUUGGGCAGAAUCGUUGCCACUGAUGGACGCCCCGCUCUGCGCUGUUAUCGAUCCCAUACGCGACUAUCGAUGGCAUGCGCUGCGCUGCGGUGGCCCCGAGACAGCCUCAUUCCUCUGCGAAAUGCCUGUGCCCAGCUGGGCGGAUGCCUGCAUACUGAAGGAGAUGCCCAAUUUGACUAUGCAAUACAUGGCGGAUACAGCCAGCAUUGAGCUCAUUAGGAACUGUCAGGAGGAGGGUCUACUGCGACACACCUGCAAGGGCAAGGAGGACCGCGAGCGGGCCGUACGCGAGCUGAUCUGCCCCAAGGAGCGCUUGGAGGCGCAGCGAAUCAACGACAUCACAAACUCGCACUUCAAGUCGCUGCAAAUCAUCAAGAGCAUUCGGACCGACAACAACGAGAACAACGACAUCGAGCUGCUGCCCCACUAUGCGGCUGCAGGUGUCAAAAUCGAGGUGGACACCGUCGCACCACUCGAACGCUUCAGCCUGGACAGGCUCAUGAUGGCCGAUGAACCGGUGUCCGUGGUGCACUAUAAUAUACCCGACCAGGUGCCCAUGCCCGUCAAGAAGUCAGCGAAGAAGGUGAACCUCAACGAGGAGUACGCCAAGAAGCUGCAGGCGCAGCACCAGACGCAGCUGCGAAAGGCAACGCCCAGGCCGCUCGCCCACCUGGACAUGAUGAUGGGCGAUCAGCCGGCAUUGAGCGAGGAGCAGUUACCGGACGAUGUCAGCAAUAGCGAUGUGUCCAAUGAGAUAUUCGAGCCCUUGCCGCACAAGAAGAAGAUAUUGCCGCAGGAUCUGAGGACCAUGCAGACUAUAGUCGAGACAACAACAGCUGCUGCAGCAGCAACAGCAGCAGCAGCAGCUAGCGAGCAAGCAACAACUGUCAAGCAGUUGCCGACAACAACAAUGGCGCCUACAACGGCAGCAACAACAACAACUGCCAGUACAACAACAACAACCACUAUAGCGCCCACCGUUGCAGCAACCACAACUACAACGGUAGCUCCGACAACAGCAGCAACAACUACCACAACGGCAGCAACUACAACUACAACCACAGCGGCAGCAAUAACAAUGGCAGCAACAUCGACGGUAGCCACAACAACACUGGCAACAACGACUACAGCAGAACCAACAACAACAACAACAACCACAACAACCACAACAACGACAACAGCAAAAGCACCAGCAACAACAACCCGUGACAACAUUAUGAUAACGACAACCGGAGCAGCAACAGCAGCAACACCAACAGCAACGGAAAUGGAAACGGAUACAGAUACAACAGUUGUUGUCGCCACCGGUAACACUCCCAAUUUAUACAGUAGCAGCACUGGCACCACCAACGUCCCAGCAGCAACUGCAACACCAAUAACAGCCGCAACAGCAACGGCAACAGCCGUACCAUCGGGCACGUCGACAAUGGUGAGCAUCGCACAUCCCAUUCAUCCGGUGCAGCAGGCACGCGAUGAGUUGUCCCAUCCGCAUGUCAAGGAAACGGCCGACAAUUCGCACUUCAUACCGCCAAUGCUGCUGGUCAAGUCGCACUAUGUGCCGCCAGCCAAGCAUGGCGAGCAUGCAGAGCACUGGGAGCAUGUUAACAACAGUCCACUAGCUACAGCAACAACAACAACUGCUGCAGCAUCAACAACAACAACAACCAUGGCAACAACAACAACAGCAGCAGUCGAGCAAAAGAGUCUGCAGAAUAUUGUUACAGCAACAGGAACAGCAGCGCCAGUUACACUUGUGACGCCAACAGCUAGCGCAGCCAGGGCAACAGCAACCGCAGCAGCAGCAACAACAACUACCAAGGCAACGGCGAAAACAACAGAAGCGACAGCAACAAAGGCAUCUAGCAAUGUGCUUGCUACGGAGGCACCACAGCUGCGAGCAGCGACCGCAACAAAACAGCCAACAGCUAAUGAAAACAGUUCAAAUGCAACCGCAGCAACAGCAGCAGCAACAGCAACGAGCACAGCCAAACGCAAGAACUAA